GAGCGGGAGCGGCCCCGGAUGGAGGCCGCCGCCAUUUAGACGGCCCGCAGCGGCAGGCGCCGGGCCGCCGGGGGUGUUGGGGAGUUGCUGCCGCCGGCGCAGCCGCCAUGAGGCGCUUGUCGCAUCUGCUGGUGCUCGCCCUGCUCGUCUUCCCCGCCGUACUGCUGCUCGGCGGCGGCCCAGAUUCAGGUUUAUUAGUUGCAGCUCAAGAUGCUACAGAAGAUGAGGAAGCUGUGGAAGAUACGGUAGUUGAAGAUGAAGAUGAUGAAGCUGAAGUUGAAGAGGAUGAGCCAACAGACUUGACAGAAGAAAAAGAGGAAGAAGACUUGUCAGGAGAACCUAAAGCCUCACCUAGUGCUGAUACAACCAUCUUAUUUGUGAAAGGUGAAGACUUUCCAGCAAACAACAUCGUAAAAUUUUUGGUAGGCUUCACCAAUAAGGGUACAGAGGAUUUCAUUGUUGAGUCUCUCGAUGCUUCUUUCCGGUAUCCUCAAGACUACCAGUUUUAUAUCCAGAACUUCACAGCUCUCCCUCUGAAUACAGUAGUUCCACCACAGAGACAAGCCACGUUUGAGUACUCUUUCAUUCCUGCUGAGCCCAUGGGUGGUCGUCCUUUUGGACUAGUUAUCAAUCUCAACUACAGAGAUGUAAAUGGCAAUGUGUUUCAAGAUGCUGUCUUCAAUCAAACUGUUACAAUUAUUGAAAAAGAAGAUGGGCUGGAUGGAGAAACGAUCUUCAUGUACAUGUUCCUCGCUGGACUUGGUCUACUUGUCAUUGUUGGCCUACAUCAGUUACUAGAAUCUAGGAAGAGGAAAAGACCAGUACAGAAAGUAGAGAUGGGAACGUCAAAUCAGAAUGAUGUUGAUAUGAGCUGGAUUCCCCAAGAAACUUUAAAUCAAAUAAAUAAAGCUUCACCGAGGAGGUUGCCCUACAAGAGGGCACAGAAGAGAUCAGUGGGCUCUGAUGAGUAAAUGUUAACUAGUACAACAGUUGAACCUUUACUAAUCCUGCCUGUUUGGGUUUUUUUUUGGAUUGGAGUAGUGCAGAGAAUCCAUAUCACCAUAAGGAAAAUACUGCUAAACAUUUGGACUGAACAGAAUAACUGAGUGGUGUUAAUAUUACAGAGAAUGCACUUCUCUUUUUUUUUGUUAAUUGUUGGGGGCCUGGGGGGGAGGUAGCCAUUAAGAUUUGUGCCUGCGUGUGUAAGCAGUUGGUUUUAACAGAACCAUGUUACCUGAAAUGUGCCUUUAGAGUUCUUUGUAAUGCUGGCUUGUCAUCUGUAUGCUGUCUUUGAAGGAAUUUUCUCCUCCCCUAAUCUGAAUGUCUAGUGGCUUAAUCUGUCUUGAUUGUGUCAUGUCUGUAUCAGAAUCUGUAUGCAUUUCUCAUUUUUAGUAAGUAACUUUCUUCUCUACAGUCUGCACACACUGAAAUUUGUGUGUGUGGUCCUAUUUCAGUGGCAAGGCACUGAUCAUCUAGAUUUCUGCAUUGUUUGCAUUCUAAAGGCACAAUUGGGUAUAGCUGCUCGUAGUGGUAGAUACUUUGCUGCUGUUUUGAUCUGGGCAUGCAGUGACCUAAAAACCUGAACUUAUCUGCAUAGAUGUUAGGAAUACUCUUACACAGCAGCAGAACUUGUGAAGCAUGGAAUUUGUGUGCUGAACUGGUAUUACUACAUAAAUUUUUUUAUACCCAACUUGUUAAAUUGUUAGUUAUUGAGUUGUGCCAGCAGCUUAAGUAUUCUGAUUAUAGUGGUAGCUCUGCAGUGUUUACUCCAGAAAUUAUUGAAUAAGCCAGGAAAAAUGUCUCAGUAAGUUCUUGGUUCUCUCACAAAAACUAGAAUGUCAUAUAUAUCAAAACAUGGACUUUUCUUAAAGCUUUACAUGAGGCAAGGACUUUGCAUUUACUGUACAAACUUGAAACUGAAUUUGAAAACCUGUUGGUUUGACAUAAUCUUUUUAAAUGGCAAAAUACUUAAUUCACCCUUUGCAGUUUGUAAAUCUCAAACUUCUUCCCACUGGUCAGUAUGUUGGUCUGAGGUUUUGGAGGUUUUUUUUUUAAUUGCUUCUGCUUUCCUACUAGUAACACAGAUGCAUAUCCAUUAUUAACUACAUGUUAGUUCAGUGCUAAAGCAGAAGAGCUAUAUGCAAUCGAAAUGGGAUUUCUUUCACGGCAGGCACAGCUUACAUGGCUACCAGGUACUGAGGUAUUGAUCCACAUCUGUUGCAUUUAGGAAUUUAACAGUAAAAAGAGCAGAUGAUGGAGAGUGUCAGUUUGCUGCCAUUCAGGCACGUGGACAAGGCUUGAAUUAAUUGUUUGCAUCUCAGCUGCAUCUCAGCCUGUGUCUGAAGGUUUGCUGGAAGCUUGUUGAGCUCAGGAAGAGGCACUGAUUUUUGAGACCUCAGCUUUCUUCUUUUUCCUCCCCUUCCUGAUCUCCACGUGUGAAAGUGCUCUUUUAGGUCUGCACUUGCUCUGCAGGGACUGAGCUGCUGAGUUGGUGAAUGCUGAGCAAUACUUGCAAAUUAUAUCACAGUGUGUUUGAAGCAUCUAAACUCUGAAAUGACAUGUACUGUUACUAUACACUUUGUCAGAAUGAACUGUGAAGAUGUUCUUGACUCAUCUUGCUGUGGAAAAUAUAAGAAUAGGAAAAACAGCCUCAAAGAUUCUUCGGUCAACUUCCUGACAAUAUAGCUGGCCCAGACAGAGUAUUUUGAAUAGUUGAGUGCUGAAUAGUUGUCCAGAUCACUUGGCAAACAGCUGAAUGCUAUCGUCAUAGGAGGUAUCUCCACUCAGUUGUGAGGAGCAACUUUGCCUUUAAUGAUGUAAUCUGGCUGGUUUGAGUUUAUGGGCUUCCAUUCAAACUUGUAUUGAUUCAACAAUGUGUCUAAGUGCUUUGUAUACUAAAGCCCUAUAGCUAUCACAGCACUUGGUGUACUGAACUACUAAGUUCCCUCUCUUGGAUUAUGUCUGUAACCUGAAAUCAAAGAGAUUUUGGUUUUUAUCUGUUGUGCUAAUAGUUAAACUGUGUACUCUAAAUUCUUCCUGAGAUAGGAAGGUAUUCUUUUGAGGGGGUGAUGGUGAGAGCUGCUCUAGAUGCAGUAGUGCUCCAGGAAAAAAGACAAAGGAUCAGAACAGAGGAUACUAAUUCGUAAUAUCCUGGUUUUAUUUGUUCAGAUAAAUAGUUUAGCCCUCCUAAUUGUGUUUUAGAGCAAGUUAGACCUUUAGAAAUCUUAGGCUGACAGGACUUAGAGAAGCUGAAGGACUGAGGCACUGUACAAAUAAGAAAUGCCCAGCUGUCCAACUGACUCAUCAGUGACCUGGAGGAAGGGGCAGAAGCGCCCUCAGCAAGUCGCUGACGAUACAGAGCCGGGAGGAGCGGCUGAUCCACCCGAAGGCUGCGCUGCCAUUCAGCGAGGCCUGGGCAGGCUGGAGAGCUGGCGGAGAGGGACCUCAUGGCGUUCAGCAAAGGCCCGUGCAGGGUCCUGCCCUGGGGAGGGACAGCCCCGCGCACCAGCACGGGCUGGGGCUGAGGGCUGGGAGGCAGCUCUGCGGGGAAGGACCUGGCAGUGCUGGUGGGCAGCCAGUUGCCCGUGGGCCAGCAGUGUGCCCUGGUGGCCAAGAAGGCCCACGGGACCCUGGGGUGCGUGAGGAGGAGCGUGGCCAGCAGGUCGAGGGAGGUGAUCCUGCUCGGCCCUGCUGAGGCCGCACCUGGAGUGCUGGGUCCAGUGCUGGGCUCCCCAGUUCAGGGGAGACUGGGAACUGCUGCAGAGGGGCCAGCGGAGGGCCAUGGCGAUGGUGAGGGGGCUGGAGCACCUCCCUGGUGAGGAAAGGCUGGGAGAGCUGGGCCUGUUCAGCCUGGAGAAGAGAAGCCUGAGAGGGGACCUUAUCAAGGUCUGCAAAUACCUCAAGGGCGAGUGCCCAGAGGCCGGGGCCGGGCUCCUUUCAGUGGUGCCCAGCCACAGGGCAAGGGGCAACGGGCACAAGCGGCAACACAGGGAGCUCCGUCUGAACGGGAGGGAAAACUUCUGCACCUCGAGGGUGCCGGAGCCCUGGGACAGGCUGCCCAGAGAGCCUGUGGGGUCUCCUGCUCUGGGGACAUUCCAGACCCGCCUGGAUGUGACUGUGCAGCCCUAGGAGACCCUGCUUCAGCAGGGGUUGGGUAGAUGCUCUCCAGAGGUCCCUUCCAACCCCGACUGUUCUGUGGUUCUGUGAGAUAAGUAUUUGAAGGUUUCAGCAUCCUUCUGCGCUCGGCGGUUAACAUCCAAAUGCUUAUGUUCUAAGCAUGAAAGAAGAAACAGUUUAGCACCUGGCAUAGGAAUUAGCAAUAGGAAAGUGCAGUUGUACCAAGACUGUCUUUCUGAUCUUAAAACUUGGCACUCAUGUCGAUGGUUCUCAUAGUAACUUUCUCACCCAGAAGCAGUUUGUAAGAACAGUGCCCAGCAGUCCGCUAUCGUGCAUGAUAAAUGAAGUAACAGUUUUGAAUUCCUUGUUUCUUGUUAAGUUUGCUGCAGUUGAAAUUUAGCAAUAACGUUCUCAUGUAUAGUGGUAAUUGAACUUUGGCAUCUCUUACGUUAGUCUGGUGAAUAAGCCAGUCUACUACAAUUGGAUUUCUUCAAAUGGGAGAACAUAGUUGUUGCUUUAUCCUGUUUAUCAACAACUUUUAUUUUGGUACUUGAAACUUCUGCUCAAUUUUUAAGCACAUUCAGAUAGCUUAGUGUGGCAGAUAUGUUACUGGAUAUCGUUAUUAUCAGCUGAGUAGGAUAUAGUUUCAUGAACUUUAAGAUGGAAAAGUAGCAAUUCUGCCUGUCUCUGUGCCACCCCUUUCCACGUGGCAGCACAAGCGUUUGUACACUAGUAUCCUUACCAGCCUGGUUUUCAGCAAGCUUACUGCACUGCUGCACAGCUGCUUGUGUGAGGUUAGGAGAAGAGGAGCAAGGAUUGUGACCAAAGAUGCAGACUGGGGUUUCUUCCUUACUAGUAGGAAAUGAUGAAAUGGUUUUAGACCACAAGUAAACUAUGGCCUUAGUGUGAAGGACCACUAUUUCUUUCUCACAGCUCCUUAACUAAUUCAAACUGAAGACUUAACAAGUCUAUACUUGGGUUAAGAAAAAACUUGCUUUAGAGUUCAUGUCUACAGUGGUAGCAAAGCAUCAGUUUAGUGACAUUUGAACUGCAUUUGAUACUUGUAGCCCUCUGUAUGCUGUUAUUUGUGACAACAGUUAAUUUUUUCCUGAUACCGUUUAACCUCAGAAAGAGUGUCUACUGUCAGACAAAUACAAAUAAGUAUCAUCUUUAAAACAAAUAAAUUGUAUGCUGUGGAGGUGAGUGGAGCAGACUAAGUGAUAGCAGCAUUUCUGCUUGUUUCAAAACAGUUACACUGAACAUUGUUCUUACCUUGAAACAGAUAUGACCAAAAGCAUCAUUCACUGUUUAUUCCUGGAAUGCAUGGUGCUAAACAAAAUGUUGCAAUUGAAAGCUCUCUGAUUUCAGGGAAGCAGCAGGAAAGUGAAAUAAUAGUGUAGACUGGUUGUCCUGUUUUUCAGUGUGCCUGAUGUACGGAGCAGCAGUUAAGAGGCAGUUCUCCAAAGGAAGGACAGUACCUACCUCAUAGGAGUGACACAAGGGCUGUUUCAGGAGUGUUUUAAAGUUACUUGAGACUUGCACAAUACACUUCCAUGGAGAUAGUAGGACACAGCACUAGGUGUAACUUGAUGGUAAUGACAUAGAUUCAUGUUAUACCAGUUUAAUCCCCUCACUGAAGAGAAUUUAGCAGCUUUUAUGCUAAGACUUUUCUUAAAUACACAGAGGAAUUGCAAUUAACUUACAAAAGAAGAGCAAAGCCAGAAAGUUUCUUCAGUUUCUGCAAGAGUUUAUACGGGGCUAAGUAACAUUCUUACGUUUUUCCAUUUAUCUCUAAAUUUUCCCAGGGAUUUUUUUUUUAAUCAAGUGAUAGAAAUGAUUGUUUGUAUAGGUACAAUCAACAGUCAGUUUAAGAAUGACUGCUUGUUUUGGAUGAUUAAGUUCAGAUGAUGUACUGCAAUUGAAAUGUUAAAUUAAAGUUUACUUUCUUA